CUCUUUAUGGAGAACCCACAGACCUCGGGAGGCCAGCCGGUGCCGAUGGCCGGCGAGAUGUUUGUGCUGAGCCGUCGCGGGCUCGCCUUCACCGCCAGCAGCGGCAGCCGCAAGUUUCAGGCCGGUGGCCAGCUCUUCCUCUCGCCGCUGCGCAUCGUCUUUGUGGCAGAGGAGUCGUCCGGGAGCGGGCUGCUGGGUACCCUCUUUGGCGCGUCCAAGGCCAACGUGCUGGCCUUCGACCUGCCGCUCGCGACCCUCGAGAGAGAGAGCUUCAACCAGCCCAUCUUUGGCGCAAACAACCUCACGGGCGUCAGCCCUCCGCUCCCGGGCUCGGCCUGCGACGGAGCCGACAUUCACUGGUGCCUCUCCUUCCAAGACGGCGGCGUCGGCACCUUCCUCCCCAUCUUUUUCGGCCUGCUCGCCGAGAUGCGCUCACGCCUCGAGGCUGAGCGGAGCGGUGCGGCCGGUGCGGCGGCCGGCGGGUCCACAGAGGUGCCGACGGCAUUCGCAGUCGCGGUGCCUGAGACGGCGGUGGCCGAGGUGGUGAGGGCGGCGUAUGUGGACCCUUCGGACCCGACCAAGCUGUACGUCGAGGCAGCUGGCCCGCGCGCGAGGAGGGGCGGCCACAGCUUUCGCGAGUGAGGUGUCGUGGCAAGCCUCGAUAACGCCCCAGGCCUCCAGGGUUGUGGAUCGGCCGGGGCAGGGGCUGGGCGUGUUGUACUCUCUGGGUGGCUGCCGGGCCGACAGCGGACAGGGCGGGCGCGAUCGCGACGCGGACUGCAGAAAUCUCGUGCGUCGUGUGAGCUCGUGUGACAAAGUUUACUCUCAGAUGGCUAGCCAGAUGUGCUCCGAGGUGCGACGUCUCUCGUCUGUGCUCGGCCAAGGCCGACUGCACGCUAUAAAGGCGCUACACGCGGCGUGCCGGCGUGACGUACACGUAGGGUUGCCUAACGUUAGGAGCUGAACAGUGUU